GGGGCGGGCAGGGUUGGUUGCGCGGGGCGGCGGCGGGUCGGGCGCUGCGAGGGGAGGCAGGAAAAUGGCGCUGACGCAGGGCACGAAGCGCAAAGUCUGCUACUACUACGAUGGGGAUGUUGGGAAUUAUUAUUAUGGCCAAGGGCAUCCCAUGAAACCCCACAGGAUCCGCAUGACCCACAACCUGCUGCUCAACUACGGGCUCUACAGGAAGAUGGAGAUCUAUCGUCCUCACAAGGCCAAUGCAGAGGAGAUGACCAAGUACCACAGCGAUGAUUACAUCAAAUUCCUGAGGUCCAUCCGCCCUGACAACAUGUCUGAGUACAGCAAGCAGAUGCAGAGAUUUAAUGUUGGGGAGGACUGCCCUGUGUUCGAUGGGCUCUUUGAGUUCUGUCAGCUCUCUGCUGGAGGCUCUGUUGCCAGUGCUGUGAAGCUGAACAAGCAGCAGACAGACAUCGCAGUGAACUGGGCAGGAGGCCUCCACCACGCCAAAAAAUCAGAAGCUUCUGGUUUCUGCUACGUCAACGACAUCGUCCUGGCCAUCCUGGAGCUCCUCAAGUACCACCAGCGCGUGCUGUACAUUGACAUCGACAUCCACCACGGGGAUGGCGUGGAGGAAGCUUUUUACACCACAGACCGCGUCAUGACCGUGUCCUUCCACAAAUACGGGGAAUAUUUCCCGGGAACCGGCGACCUGAGGGACAUCGGGGCGGGCAAAGGGAAGUACUACGCCGUCAAUUACCCGCUGCGCGACGGCAUCGACGACGAGUCCUACGAGGCCAUUUUCAAGCCUGUGAUCUCCAAAGUGAUGGAGACGUUCCAGCCCAGCGCCGUCGUCCUGCAGUGCGGCUCCGAUUCCCUGUCCGGGGACAGGCUGGGCUGCUUCAACCUCACCAUCAAAGGCCAUGCCAAGUGCGUGGAGUUUGUGAAGAGCUUUAACCUGCCCAUGCUGAUGCUGGGAGGAGGGGGGUACACGAUCCGCAACGUGGCGCGGUGCUGGACCUACGAGACCGCCGUGGCUCUGGACACGGAGAUUCCCAACGAACUCCCAUACAACGACUACUUUGAGUACUUCGGGCCAGACUUCAAGCUGCACAUCAGCCCCUCCAACAUGACCAACCAGAACACCAACGAAUACCUGGAGAAAAUCAAGCAGCGACUCUUCGAGAACCUGAGGAUGCUCCCUCACGCUCCCGGGGUGCAGAUGCAGCCGAUCCCUGAGGAUGCUGUGCAGGAGGACAGCGGGGAUGAGGAGGAGGAUGAUCCUGAAAAGCGCAUUUCCGUCCGGAAUUCCAACAAGAGAAUAUCCUGCGACGAGGAAUUCUCCGACUCCGAGGACGAGGGCGAGGGAGGGCGCAAAAACGUCGCCAACUUCAAGAAAGCCAAACGUGUGAAGGCAGAGGAGGAGAAGGAGGAAGAGGAGAAGAAAGAUGAGAAGGAAGAGGAAAAAGCAAAAGAGGAGAAAGCAGCAGCAGCAGCAGCAGCAGCAGCAGCAGCAGAGCAGCCCAAGGGGGUGAAGGAAGAGACAAAAUCCACCUGAGCUGGCCGCAGCUGCCCGGGCCUCGUCGUAGGUUUAGCUCCUGGGCUGCCUCCUCCCCGCAGGAUUUCUAUUUUAUAUAUGUUUUCUGUAUAUAUUUCUAUAUAAUUGUACAAAUGACUGGAGAACUGUAAAUUAUUCCUUGCUGCACUCCGCUGGGAGCAGGCAGGGGGGAGGAUUCUGCUGAGCAGCCCAGGUUUGCUGACCCGGGGGAGUUUCACCCUUUGCCUUCCACUGCCCCUCCUCGGUGUGGCUCUAAAAACACAAAAAUCACUUUUCCUCCCCUCGGCUCUCUCCUCUGAAAUUAACCUUGGAAAAGAAUAAUUUAACUAGAAGUAGUGUCUGCGUUUCAGGUUAAGGUGGAAAGAUGGCCAUCGAUUCUCGGUUUUCCUCGAUUUGGGUUUUAUUUUAUUUUUAUUUUUCGGUGUCGUUUUUUUCUUUUUUAAUGGGAGGAUUCCCAAAUGAAGCCUGGGAGAGAUCUUUGUGGUCUUCAGCUGGAUUCCACCACGACGAAAGGAAAACAAAAAACAAAAAAACAACCUGCGAGCUGGUGCCACUUCUCAGGGUCAAAACUGUGCAGUUCUUGAACAGAGUUGGCUCCUCCCUGCAGCAAACUUGGGGAAAGAGAUGAAGCAGCUGAAAAAAAAAACCAAAAAACCUGAAAAAUCCUUUUUUAAUUUAAUUUUUUUUUAAAAAAAAAGUGAAUCGACCCCAACUGUGGAAAAUGUUAAAAUUAAAAUCACCCUUUGGGGGUGGCUCAGCUUUCCAGGGAGCGUGGCAGCAUUUGGUGCCCCUGGAGGGAGGGGUGGGAUUGGAUUUUUUACCUGGUUUUUUUAUGCCCCUCUCUGGGUUGCCGAGGGAAUUCCUCCCCUUUGGCUUCACUUUUCUGCUGAAGCCCCAGAAAUCCCCUCAAAGCCAGCCCAGAGCUCUGCUGACAGCUUUUCUUGAUGUGUGUCCCUUAAAAAAAAAACAAACCACCACCCGGAUUUUCUCCUUAUUUUUAAGCCGAGUUUUCCAACUGGAUUUCCCUCCCAAGGCCAGUAAAUCCCGACCUUUUUCAUCCUGUUGCCUUCCUGAGGGAACAGCAGAUGGGGCUCUGAGCGUUUUUCCAGCUCCUCUCCCUCCUCCCACACAUCCUCACCCCCUGAUCCCUUUCGUGACCUUUAUUUUUUUUUUUUUUUUUGCCUCUCCUUUUGUACAGCUGAGCUUUUUCAGAGGGAAAAAAAAAAAAAAAAUUAAAAUAACUUUUCGGAGGGGGAAAAAAAAUUCGGAUUUUUUUUUUUUUUUUAAUUAUUUCCCCACUCGCUGCUCUCCUUUCUCAGGGGGAUCCCUCUGGAAUCCCAGAGGCUCUGCGCUCUGCUGCGGGUUUCAACUCCAAUAAUGCUGCUAAAACUUCACACAGGUUCUUUUUCAAAGGGUUUAUUUUUUUAACUCCUCCUUUUUUUUCCUCUUUUUUUUUCCCCCCCUCUCCUCACCGUGGAGUUUUUUUUUUCAGUCUCUUUUUGGGGGGGUCCGAGUGAGGUUUUCACUCCGAUUUUCAGUGUUUUUAUGUGAAGCAAGAGAUCAGUGUAACUUUGUGUCUCUGGGGAAGGGGUGGGAGGGAGGGGAGGGGAAAAGAAAAAUCUAUCGUGGUUUUUUAAAGAUGCGUUUAUUUUGAAUUUUCAGAACCUUUGUAAUAAAACCGCUCCAUUUCUACGGU